CAAGAAGAAUCUCAUUCAAAAGAAAAAUGACCGUUAAAUCCUAGAGCCUUUUCUCAUUCUUUCUCGGAACUUCAUCACAAGAACAGAGGGAGUAAGAGGAAAAAAAAUAGGAUGGUGAACGAAGAUUCAAUCAAGAGUCCCCUUAACACAAAAAACGACCCAAUUAAACAAUCUGAAGAACCCAAAAAUGGAGAAAGAGUCGAUUCUUUGUUCAGCCCAAAUUUCAGAUCAGUGGCUGCUAUGGCUGGUUGGGACGAAGAAGCUCUUCUUAUUGCCAGUCUUGUCGUUGAAGACACUCCCGAUCGCCUUCCUAAACAAAAGAAACGUUCCGAUUUGCUGCAUUUCAAGACUCCCCCAACAAACUCCAGAAGGAAAAGAAGGGUUCAGAAGAGGAGCCCUGAGUCCAUACCUGUGACUGUUCUUGAUCUGGAUGACGAGGAUGACACUGCCAAACAAGAAAGCGAGAAAAAGGAGGCAGAAUCAAAAUCCAUUGAGAAUUUAGACAAGAAACGAGCUGAGGCAUCAGAAGAACCGCGAUGUUCUGCUUCAUCUUCUGAUAAGAACAUAGAAUCAAAAUCUAUUCAGAAAGCAGAGAAGAAAGGAGCUGCAGGAUUGGAAGAACAAGGAUGUUCUGUUUCAGCCUCUUCUUCAUCCGCAUUUCCAUGCAUUGAUCGACUUCGUGAAGAGCUUUCUUGCGCUAUUUGUUUGGAGAUAUGUUUUGAACCUAGUACCACUCCUUGUGGUCACAGUUUUUGCAAGAAGUGUCUGAGAUCUGCUGCUGAUAAAUGUGGAAAGAAAUGUCCAAAGUGCAGGCAGCUUAUAAGCAAUGGAAGAUCUUGCACUGUAAACACAGUACUUUGGAAUACAAUUCAGCUUCUUUUUCCUAAAGAAAUAGAAGCAAGAAAAGCUGCUGGAGCUUUGAAUAGUAGAGAAGCUCGACGCAAAAGUCCAUUAAAAGCUGCUACAGCUCAUUCUAACAUCACUAGCAGCAGAAUAUCAAGAGUGUUUGCGCUUAACAGUCCAGAAUCUGGUCCUAGUAGUCAAGAAAGAAGGAAUUCUCGCUCCAUGAGAAGACAAAGUGUCCAAGCUGCUGUAAUGCCAAGCAGAAAUAGAGACAAUAAUUCGAGGAGGGAGUUACCAAGCCAAGACGAGGAUGCUGCAUUGGCACUGAGAAUGCAGAGAGAGGAGUUCAUGGAAUCCUUUAGGACAAGGAGUUCUGCUGAUGAGCAGUACAGGAGCUCGCUCGCUCUAGCCAGAGCAAAUUUAAGGGCCAUGGCGUCAAGAGCCAUUAACAUUCGUGUUAGAGGAGGCCGUGGAACAUAAAUUUUGUAUUUUAUUUUCCAUUGCACUUGGAACACCUGAGGUUGUACCAUAAGCCAUUGUUAGUUGUAAUUUUUUAUCGAGUUCUGAUGCUUGAAACUUGAAACUAAGUCUAUAGGAGUUGUAACUUUUAUAGGAGCAAACGAGUUGUUAAAUUCUAAAAUUCAGCUAUUACAACU